AUGGUUACUACGCGAAGUGCCGAAUCUCGUUUGGAGGAUGUAGAGAAGGCGAUUGGGGAAUUGUCUGUCGUCGUUCGGGAGUUGCAGACUUUCCAAGCGUCAACAGAAGCCCGCCACUCAUCUAUGGAGACCAAACUUGAUGCCUUGAUGAAGAAGUUUUCCAUCUCUGUUGAUACUCCACACGACGAGGAAUCUGGCGGGAGUCACCACAACGAGGAGGAGACUUUACCACCCAUGCACAAGAUGGACCUUCCAGGUUUUGAUGGGUCCGAUGCCCACUCUUGGUUGGCUCGUGCUGAACAAUAUUUUUUAGUGCACGCUACGCCCACUGAUCAACGCGUUAAAAUUGCGCUCAUUGCUAUGUCCAGUUCUGCCAUGCCAUGGAUACAGAUGUUGCUGCGACGCUGCCCUAGUUUGACUUGGUCGCGUUUUACUCGCGAGUUAUUGAUUCGUUUUGGGGAUGGGUCUGCUAUUAAUGGCUUUGAAGCUUUAGCUACUACAAACCAGACGGGGACUCUGGAUGAGUAUAUUUCUGCUUUUGAAACACGAGUAUCCCAGCUGCCGGAAUUCUCGAAUGAGCAAUACUUGGGUUUUUUCCUCGGGGGAUUGAAGAAGGAACUUCGCAUGAUGAUUCAGGACCUGACUAUUACAGACUAUUCUGCUGCUAUCCAGAUGGCAAGAAAGCUCGACUCGGUUUGUACUCCACAAACGAGUUCUCCCUCUUUUCGGGUUACCACUACCCCCACGCCUCCAUCACGGUCUAGUUUCCAGCCGCGUUCUUCCCAGGUUGUUUCUACGCUGCAACCCCAGCAGCAGGCAGCUUCCUCUCACGCAUCUUGGACACCACGGCCUCCGCGUCGUUUCCGCAACAUGACGGAUGAGACGUACAGGAAGCACUUGGCCGCAGGUACUUGUUUCAAAUGUGGCCUUAAAUUCGGACCGACUCACCGCUGUCCUCCAAACACACUACACGUUAUGGUGGGAGAGUUGGAAGACGACGCCGUCGAUGACGUAUUCAUGUUGGAGGAUAGUAUUCCGACCGAGCAAGAACAACAUGAACAGCCACAACUCCAAUCUCUGGACCUAUCUGAGUUGACAUCAUUUGGGUUUGAUGGACCCCAAACCAUGAAAUUAUUCGGCCGUGUCGGUGCAUCACGCCUCAAAAUUAUGGUGGAUAGUGGCGCUAGCCACUAUUUUGUGGCAGAACAGGUAGCCCGAAAGUUAAAGUGGGCCAUUGAAUCGAUCGAGCGAUUUUCGGUGGUUUUGGGUGAUGGUACCCGUGUUUACACCGGCGGCAUCUGUAAGAAUGUUUCCCUUAUGAUCGACUCUGCAUUGUUUAUGAUAUCAUGCUAUGUGUUUCCUCUCAGCAAUAUAGAUUUAAUUCUGGGCGUGUCGUGGUUGGCUACCCUGGGGGAUGUGAAGGCUAAUUGGAACACACUUACUAUGGAGUUCGUGAUUGAGGGACGCCAACAGUGCAUUCGGGGUGAUCCUACUUUAACUCGCAAACCAUGCACCUAUCGGGAACUAAAGUCACUUGAAGCGAAAGACACUUGCUGGGGUCUGUGGAUUCUGGAUGCUGUUGCCCCUCUUGGUCAGUAUGGGGUCUCGAAGUCAUUAUCGGAGGCUGCUCGACGUGACUUGGCAGCUGUACUUUGUGCAUUCCCUUCAGUCAGUACGUCCGUGAUGGAGCUUCCUCCAGAGCGUGCUAGUGACCACCGGAUAACCUUACAUCAAGAGGCCCAACCAGUUUCCGUGCGUCCCUAUCGCUACAAUCACUUGUAG